UGCAUAUUUAAGCUAAUGUUACAUAUUAUUGCCCAAUUUUGCCAUUUUCAAGUAUAAAAAUUGCUAAAUUAAGUAAUACAAAUAUAAGGCAUAAUGAAGAUGCAUUCAAAGUCAUUGGUAAUAUGUAGCAUUCAGUCAUUUUCUGUAAUGUUAGGUGAGACACACAAUAACCAGAUCGCCAGAACAACAGACUUUUAUUGCAGGUUUGAAUUAUCUCACAACAGGCACAAUAAUCUCUAUUAAAAACAUUCUUGAGUUCUUGUUGCUGCCGUAAUCCAUGGCAAGAUGAAACUCAACUCUGAACCCCAGAUGUCACUUCCUGUUUGCCAUUCAGUCUGCUUCCCAAGGCAACACAUUUAUAGCAAGAUAUACAAGUACAAGUCUUAUGUAUGUCUUCUAUGGCUUAUUCAUUCAUUCAUUUUCUGCCGCUGGAGCCUAUCCCAGCUGUCUGCGGGCGAGAGGCAGAGUACACCCUGGACUGGUCGCCAGCCAAUCACAGGGCACAUAUAGACAAACAACCAUUCACACUCACAUUUAUACCUAUGGACAAUUUGGAGUCGCCAAUUAACCUAGCAUGUUUUUGGAAUGUGGGAGGAAACCCACACAUGCACGGGGAGAACAUGUAAACUCCACACAGAGAGGGCCGAGGGGGAAAUUGAACUUCGGUCUCCUAGCUGUGAAGCCAGCGCGCUAACCACAGCGCCUCUUAUGGCUUAUUGUCUACUAUAUUGGGUAGACACACAAGUGUAAAUGUGACUAUAGGGGUGCUAGUUUAUGUCUAAAGGGCUCUAAUAAUGUUAAAAAUCCUAUUUAGAAGGUCAUAUACAGGUUUCUAGCCUUUGCCAGAAAAUAAUAAUAAUAUUAGUUUUAUUUGUAAUCCCACUGUGUGUAAAUUUGGCAGUCAACAUGCAACAGAGGUGUCCAAAAUCAUUCAACACAAAAUGUUGUCUUUAAAUCGUUUUUUUUUAGCCUUGUUACAAAAUAACAAAAUGGUCCCCAACGUCCUUCAGUUCUUUUGUAUGUGGCCCUCAGUGGAAAAGACAUAAAUCCUUCCCUCUAAUCUGUUAGGACUAAAGAGUGCGUUUGAGGACAAAGAGGGAACAAUGCAGGAAGAAAGCGAGAGAGAAACACUACCUCUCUUUGUUUAACUCUUGUCACAUUCUCACCUGUCGUCCCUCCAUCAAUUCCCCAGCAUCCUGUGCCAGGAAGGUGUCAGCACACACCGCCUGCGUCUCUGCAUGGUUUAACGUCACAGCUAUGGCAGCUCUUAGGCACAAUUUAUAGCCAGAAGCAUCUCAGCGUGUAUUAUCAUGCUGUGUAUUUAAAGUGAUUUAUACGACAAAAGAAAAAAGGCUGGGACCACCUGUGCCGCAGUGAUGAUAAGUCACUGCCAUGCUUUAUACCAAAGAUGGUCUAGAAUAAAAGAUGAAGCCUUACUAGCUCCACCAAUGGUAUAAAAUUAGAUUUAAAUUAGUAUUUUACUCCAUUUAGCUAUUUUUAUGCUUGAAAAUGCUGAAUUGAGGAAAAGUGUGAAGCAGUUGUCCUAAUGCGCCGUUCUUCUCAGUUGAUCUCUCACCCACAGUCCCUUUUGCCACCAAACCAAACAGUAUAAGCAGUACAGAAUGGUUAAAAUAACCAAACUGUGUCAUAGAAACACUUUCUCCUUCAUUCAUAAUGAGCUCACUUUAAUUUACCCAUGUGUUUCUUGCAGCCAUGUCUGAUAUAGAAGAGGAAUACGAAGAGCAGGAGGAGGCGGAGGAGGUGGAGGAGCAGCAGUAUGAAGAGGAGGAUGAAACUGAGCAGCCAGAUGAGGAAGAGGAGGAGGAGGAGGAGCACGUGGAAGAAGAUGAAACAGAGGAGGAACGUCCCAAACCCAAACCAAUGGCCCCUCAACUUGCCCCCCCAAAGAUUCCUGAAGGGGACAGAGUGGAUUUUGAUGACAUCCACAGAAAGCGAAUGGAGAAAGACUUACUGGAGCUGCACACACUGAUUGACGUCCACUUUGAACAGAGGAAGAAGGAUGAGGAAGAACUAAUCGGCCUCAAGGAUCGAAUUGAGCGUCGUCGGUCAGAGCGUGCAGAGAUCCAAAGAGUCAGAGCGGAAAAGGAGAAGGACCGACAGAACAGGAUUGCGGAGGAACGUCAGAGAAAAGAGGAAGAGGAGGCCAAGAGAAAGGCUGAUGAUGAUGCCAAGAAGAAGAAAGUGCUAUCUGGCAUGGGGGCAAACUUUGGAGGCUUCCUAGCCAAGGCUGAGUUGAGGAAAGGCAAGCGUCUGACUGGCCGAGAGAUUAAGAAGAAGACUCUGGCCGAGAGGCGUCAGCCGCUGGCUAUCGACAAUUUGAGAGAGGACUCACUCAGGCAACAAGCCCAAGAGUUGUGGAACUGGAUUUACCAGCUGGAGUCUGAAAAGUUUGACUACAUGGAGCACAUGAAGCACCAGAAAUACGAAAUCAUCGUGCUCCUGAACAGAAUCCAACAUGCUCAGAAAUUUAAAAAAGGGCAAGGCAAAGGAAAAGUGGGCGGCCGCUGGAAGUAAAAGGUCGAAUGAAAGAUAUCUCAAAUGUAAAAGUACACAAGAAUCUACUGUAGUACUUUCCUGUGUGUGAAACUGAUUGUUGAUAAUGUAUUAUAAUAAAAUAAGGCCCAAUCUUUGUUUAAGAUUCAUUUUAACUCCACCAAGUGCAAAAAGACAUAUUUAUGUGACCCAUCAGAUCCAGCAGAUGGUGCUGUGGUGAAGCAGAAAUGGUUGGAUGAUGGAUGGCGUACUGGCCAGUACUACGAACAGUGUUGGGCAAUCUACUUUAAAUUUAGUUAUGUUUUGCUUUUUUUUUGCCCAACGUUAUUGGUCAUCCUGUCAAGGUUCGUAUUUUGUAUUGCCUUUAAGCUAUAUGAUACAGUAAAGUAUAUGUGUAAUUGUGUCUCCUGCAUGGCACCACCCUGUUUAAUUCCUGCUGCACAUGUUUGGCCCACAGUGUAGACAAGGACUAAAGAGGACACCCUGCUAAUCCAGUCUUUCACCAGCUGCAACACACACGCAUGUACACACAUAAAGGAUGUGCUGCCGUGUGAAAGUAAGUGAAAUAUCAUUUUUCAGCAACAUCAGGAACAGUCGUCACAGUUUAAUAUACAUCAGAACCAAACUAUAAGAGGAUUUAUACUGUUCUCAGGCAUCAAUUUGUAUUUAUUUUUUGUAAGAAUUGGUACUGGUGACAAGACAGCAGUGUGACAAAUAACCAUCUGUCACUUGGUCAUUGUGAAAUAUUCAAUUUAUUAAUUUGGUUUUAUGUACAUUGACACCGUAUGACACACAAUCACAUACAAUACAUAUCCAGCGUUCAUAUUCAAACACCAUGAAACAGAAUGAAUACAAAUAUGUAACUAAACACUAUUUUACAUGAAAGUAGGGAUGCUCCAAUCAGUAUCGGCCGGCAAGAGCAGCCUCUCUCAAAGGUGGAAGACACCAAUUUUCUGAUUCAAAAUUAUGUUAUCCCUCCCCCAUUGAUUACUAAUUCAUACAUUCAUGUUAUACCGCUUAUCCUCACGAGAGUCGCGUGGGGUGCGGGAGCCUAUCCCAGCUGUCUUUGGACAAGAGGCGGGGUACACCCUGGACUGGUCGCCAGCCAAACACAGGGCACAUAUAGACAAACAACCAUUCACACUCACAUUCAUACCUAUGGACAAUUUGGAGUCGCCAAUUGACCUAGCAUGUUUUUUUGAAUGUGGGAGGAUACCGGAGUACCAUUUAUUAAUUUUAUUAGUAAUGAAAACAUUUUUGGGUCCCCUGUGGAUUAAAUGUAUAAUUAAUCCAUGUGAUCGCUAUCAACCGAUUUUAGUCCUGGAUGAUUGGUAUCAGAAUCAGCAGCAUGCAACCCUGAUCGGAGCACCCCUAGUAAAGACAUAAAGAAACGGGGGUGAAACAUGUCGGAAGUCAUAACAAUGCAAACUCAAAAGGAACAAUGUUAACUUUGCCUCACCUAUUUUAAGGCAGGGGUGUCCAAAAUCCGUCUCGGAUGCCAUUUUCAUCAUUAUCUCUGAAUUUUUUAGGCUUAUCUCUGUACUUUUUUGGUAUAUUCCAGCCUUUCUAAUGAGUGGGUUGUAUCUUCAGGUGUAGCUAAUGUAAUUUUCUUCAUCCUUUUCCUUGUUCUACAUGUUCUUUUACAUCUUUUACUUAGUAGAGUGGUGUCUUUCGUCUUUCUUUCUUUCUUUCUCUUUGAUUUUCAUGUUGUUUUCACUUCUAAACGAGCCUCUAAACUCCUACCCAAUUCAGUGCAAUUUGAAUUAUUAAUAUCAUAGGACACACCUGGGCAACACAACACACCUGUCCAGCCACAUGUUCCAAUACUUGUGUCAAAUAAUGGACAAAGUUUGGACACUCCUGCAUUAAGCAUUGUCACAUGAUCCAAAAUGUCCUAUAAUUAAAUAUGUAUAGUUCGUACAAUAACAAUCAAGGUACAAAGUGAUAGUUGCAUUUAUUCUAAACAUACUUAUAUAUUAAUAAUAAUAUAUUUCACCAUCCUAAACUGAUGUAAGACAUGUCCGCCCUGUGACAAUCAGGACAUUUUUUUUUUUUACACAAGAAUGCGCAGCAUGUGAAGUAUCGAUUAUGUGAAACACUUUAUAGAGCGACAAGUGACGAUCCCUUCAAAGGGUUGUUUAAAUAUUAUAGAAUAAUAGACAAUGACUCUGUGUACAGUGUGUGUGUUUAGCGAAUGGGUGCCUUCAGAGCAGCAUCGACCUCCUCUUCUGGCUGCAAGGUGUGCCACUGAGCCACCGGACGCCUCGGAUUGGCCAACAUGUCGGACCAGUGGCGUAGCCCAACGCCUGAGGCGCCGUAGCCGAUCCAGCACUUGCCGAUGGGGUCGUUA